AUGUCGCCAGCUGGCGACUGCCGAGUGGUUGCUGCCACUGGUGACGUGGAUGCUGACGUUGACGGUGAUGUGGAUGCUGACUUGUCGCAAUCCGCCUCGCAGGUUGCGAGCGAGGCACAGAAACCCCCGGAUGAAUCACAAGGACCACAGUCACACCGCCCCUUGCUCGAGAUGCAUCAACCCUCGUUUGAAUCACACAGACCCUCGCUUGAGUCACGCAAACCCUCGUCUGAAUCACGCAAGGCCUCGUUUGAGGAACGCGUGUGUGAGGACUCCCUUUCCGCCCUGGGCUCUCUAAUUGAUCCGGACUUGGCUUUAAGGAGACAGCUGGUCUGUGAAGCAGUGGUUGAGGCGUUUGGAAGAGAGGAGCAUGGAGGAAAGGGGUGGUAUGGUGCAUGGGAGGACGAGGAUGAGGCGAGUGGGGAGGGGGAAGGAGGCGAGGAGGAAGAACGGGAGAAGGGAGAGGGGGAGGAAAGGAGGGAUGAGGUGGGGGAAAGGACGGAGGGAGAGGACGGGGUUGGGAGAUUGAGAGAUGGAGCAGGGAGAGCAGGCGAAAAGGGAGAGGAGAAGAGUGGGAUGGAAAGUGGAGGGGUGGAGGGUGGAGAAUUGAAGAGUGGUGUGAUGGUGAGUGGAGUGGCUAGUAAUGUGGAGGGAGAGAGAGUGCCAGCUGUAAGUGAGAAAGGGAGCGUGGAGGGUUCAAGGGAGGAGGAAGCGGAGACAAGGGAGGGAGGUUCGAAGGAGAUGGAGGAAAAUGAGAAGAGGGAGAGGAGGGAGAGGAGGGAGAGGAGAAUGGGUAGGGACGAGAGAAGGCGGAGAUUAGAGAGAGCUAGGGAAAGAGAGAGGAGGAAGAGAGUGGCCGAGCAAAACUUAGACGAGCGGCAGAGGGACAUGCAACGAGAACGAGAGUUGAGACGACUCAGAACGCAAGCAGCAGGGCUGCGGCUGAUGCAGGGGAGGGGGGACGAGAGAUGGAGGAGCCCUCUAGAGGAGGAGGUGUCUCGACUUGCUUCCUUCAUCAGAUUCCAAGAGCGGCAGAGAGAGCAGCAACUAGCAGCAUCAGCCGCCGCCGCAGCAGCAGCAGCAGCAGCAGAGGGAGCGGAGUGCGCAGAGGGAGCGGAGGGAUUAGGGCGAGAGGGUGUGGGUGAGCUGGGGCAAUGCCCUGCAGGGGACCUGGAGAGUCCUUUUCCCAAUGCUGCUGCUGCUGCUGCUGGUGCUACUGGUGAUGCUGCUAUGGGUGGGAGGCGGUUGGGAGGGGUGGUGUCACGAAUCAUGGGUAACCAGCGUCUGCUGUGCUAUUUCAUGGUGGACCCAUCACACGGCCCCUCCUGCUUCGCCUGGAACGCCCUCCCUGCCGCCUUCCCCUACCUUCAGGGUUUCCAGACCUUAACAGUGAACCUUUAUAUCCAGCACAAGGUCCCAGCAGCGCCCCCCUGUGUGGUGCGCCUGGUUAAUUCCCCCCCACUCGAGAGUUCCUCUGAGCAUGUAACUAAUGUGACUGUACGAGGGGGCGAGGAUAAGGGUCUGAACGAGGGACAAGAAGCAGCAGGGACAGAUGCCGCUGCAAGGAGGGGCACAUCAGGAAACGCAGACGCCACAACAGCACAUGCAGCAGCAGCAGCAGCAGCAGCAGCAGCAGCAGCAGCAGCAGCAGCAGCAGCAGCGGCGGCGGCAACCAGCACUGAAACCCCUCCUUCCACCACCUCUCCCUCUUCUCCUCCCAGCUCCAUUCUCGGAACCCUCGCAGAAGCAUCCCCUAUACAAGCAUGCAUGGAGCGCUUGUCGAAUCCUGAUGAGGUGAAAGGGCGGGUGGUGGUGGUGAUGCGUGGGGGGUGCUCUUUCCAACAGAAGGUGGUAGCAGCACAGAGAGCAGGCGCUGCUGCUGUGAUUGUUGUGAACCAUGUUAUGGGGGGAGGGGCGCUCAGUAUGGCCCCUGAUAUUCCCCAUUCUGAUGCUGUUGCAGCUGAUGGUGGGGUGUUGAAGGGCGGUGAAGGGACGGAUUUCGAUACAGUCACACCUGAUUCUGGAGUGUUGCAGGGUGGUGAAGGAACGGAUUCAGAAACAGUCACGCCCGAUGGGCAGAUGAUGGCAGCAAGUGAUGGAGUUUCACCAGGGAAAAGCAACCCUUCAUCAGCAGCCGUAUCAGAAGAAGGAUUGGAAGCAGCAGAAGGGACAGGUUCGGAUGCAGUCACGUCUGGUGAGGAAUCAGCAGCAGGUGAUGAAGUGUCACCAGGGAAAAGCAACCCUUCAUCAGCAGCUGUAUCAGAAGAAGGGUCGGAACCAGGAGAAGGAUCAGCGGCAGGAGAAGGAUCAGCGUUAGAAGAAGAACCACCAUCAGCAGCAGAAACACCAGGGGUAGGGGAUUCUGAUCCAGCAGUGCGAAUCCCUUCGGUUAGCCUGGGAAAUGCAGAUGGCACUCUGCUAUUGGCGGUUCUGCGAGGGCAGAUGAGCGUGAGAGAGGCUGCAUGGCGGAAGGCAGAGGGUGCUGCGGGACAGAGUGAGGGAGUGAAGGAGGGAGAGGGUGAGGGAGAGAGUGAAUUGGAGAAUGAGGGAGAGGGUGAGGGAGAGAGUGAAUUGGAGAAUGAGGGAGAGAGGGAGGGAGAAGAGGAGGAAGGAGAGAAUGAGGGUGGGUGUGAGGGGGAGGAUGCAGCAAGCUGUGAAUGCGAUGAUUAUGCUGCUGAGAGCAGGGCAAUUGAAUCGCCUUCUGACUUUGCCAUAAGGAAUUAA